AUGGUCGUCGCGGAAAGGCCGACGCACCAGAAGACGCGGAUAGUGUCCGUCGUUGCAGCGACAGCCAUCGCUCUUGCAUGUGGAACGAAUUAUGCCUAUUCAGCAUGGGCGCCACAGUUCGCUGAGAAACUCCAACUCUCCACAACCCAGAGCAAUAUUAUUGGGACAUCCGGGAACAUGGGCAUGUAUGCCGCGGGAAUACCAGUAGGCAUCAUCACAGACAGAAAGAGUCCACGUCUUGCUGGACUGAUUGGCAUGCUCUCCCUGUUCGCGGGCUACUAUCCCAUACACAUUGCUUAUGAUGAAGGAGCUAGCUCCAUGAGCGUAGCGCUCCUCUCUUUCUGUUCGUUUCUCAGCGGCAUAGGUAGCUGCGCUGCGUUUCAAGCCGCCAUGAAAGUAGCUACACUCAACUGGCCCACCCACAGAGGCACGGCGACUGCCUUCCCUCUUGCAGCCUUCGGCUUGAGUGCCUUCUUUUACACCUUCAUCGCUGGUAUAGCGUUUCCAGGAGACACUUCUAGCUUACUCGUUCUACUCUCCUUUGGAACGUCCAUGGUUGUGCUUGUCGCACUACCGUUCCUUCAUGUCGUUGACCACAAGACUGGCACAGGCUAUGCUGUCCUGCCCACCAACGAGCGCACCCGUCGCAAUUCGAAUGUCUUGCACCGGACCAGGUCUAACGGUAGCAAGAACAGUAGCCGAUACAGCAACUCGUCAAUACCCCAGUCGGAGCCUAACAAUGACGAACGGGAUGAUGAUUCAGAUGAGACGUCCUCGCUCCUGUCCGGACCUGGCGAUCUACUUCCAGAGGACGAUGCGGCCAGCAGAGCCAGUAGGAAAACAAAUCACUCACAUUGCCUAGAUAUUACUGGAUUGGCCUUGCUAUACAAGUUUGAAUUUUGGCAGAUUUGGGUCAUUAUGGGGUUGCUUACUGGAGUCGGACUGAUGACCAUCAACAACAUUGGUCACGACGCGCAAGCACUCUGGAAUCACUGGGAUCCAAGCGCCAGUAAAGACUUCGUUGCCCACCGCCAACUCUGGCACGUCUCAAUCAUCUCGCUCGGCUCCUUUUCAGGGCGUCUGCUAUCGGGGAUUGGCUCCGAUGUGAUUGUGAAGCGAUUGGGCGGAUCCCGUUUGUGGUGUAUAGUGGCAGCAGCAACCGUGUUUCUGAUUGCUCAAUUCUGCGCAACCCGUAUUGAGGAUCCGCACCAUUUGUGGGCUGUGUCAGGUCUUUGUGGGCUCGCAUACGGCAUUCUCUUUGGUGUGCUCCCCGCCGUUGUAAUCGACGUUUUUGGCGCCGACGGAUUCGCCGUCAACUGGGGAUUCAUGACGCUCGCACCUGUCGUGAGUGGGAAUAUCUUCAACUUGUUCUACGGCGCAGUGUACGACUCGCACUCAGAGGUGCAGGUUGGUGGCGAGUUCAACUGCGAUGAGGGCCUAAUUUGCUACAAAGCGGCGUACUAUGUCACUUUGGUAUCGAGCGCUCUGGGCAUCGUUGCGUGCCUCUGGGCCAUACAGACCGAGCAUGCGGCGAAGCGGAAGGCUGAAGAGCUCGAGGACCACCAUGCAUGA